UCUCACGGUAUGUUUGUUCCAUGAAAAGGCAACCCAGCGCCUCUCCUCCAACAUUGGUCCUUUGUUUUACGGACACUCUUUCAUUCGUUUGUCUUGGACUGUACUCAUUCAUUCAUUUAUGCUAGUAUAGUCGUUCACUCUUUUAUUUUCACGUUCGUUACAUAAUGCAGCAGCCUUGGAAGUUGCGCGCUCUUGCGCUAUGUCUUGCAACGUCGUUGUCGGGCGUUUCUGGGCAGGAGUUUUCUACAACAACGGGUACUGAGACUUCGACGGACCUGGGUUUCGUUGCGCCUUCAACUCAGGUUGCUCUUCCUGAGACGACCUCUUCAGAGCCUUUCAUCGAUCAGGCUCCCUCUUCUGCUGCCUCUGAAGCGCAAGUGGAGAUUCCUACUACUUCUGCCGAUGAGGAGACAACUCAGAUCAAUGUUGCUCCUGCUUCAACUGAAGAGACUAGCCAGGUUCUAGAGCCUACAACAAACGUUGCUCCACCAGCUGGAACAACAGAGUCUGCUGGUGCUGGUGUUGAGACAGCUUCUCAGCCGGAGCAGUUGCCUGAUACUGCCACCACCGACAACAACAACCCCGUUAACACUGCUACUGGCCAUCCCGUGUUUCCCAACCCAAACUCUCAAGAGACUGAGCCUGGUACCCAGUCCACUGACGCUGCUCCUCUGGACCAGACCUCAACUGAGCUUGCUGCUACUCCUUCUGAGGCUAUUACCGGCGCCGCUACUGACGCUGUCACUGACAUCCAACCUCCUGUUGUCUCUACCGAGUCAACUGAGGCUGCCGAGCCUGCCACUCAGGUCCCAGCCCCCGAGGUCACCACUGAGACCUCCGUGGCUGCUCAGCCUACCACCGACAAGGCACCCGAGGUCUCGACUGAAUCUGUUCCUGCUCCCAGUGUCGAAUCUACUACCGAAGUGAAGGCUCCUGAGGUUUCCACUUCUGAGGAGGCUCAGAUCCCUGUCGAGUCCACCACUGACAAGGCUGAGCCUACGACCGAGGAGAAGCCGGAACCAGAGCCCACCACUGAGUCCAAGGAGGCUGAGAAGCCCACCACUCAGGCUCCUGGUCCCAAGCCCACAACUGAGGACGCUGGCUCAAACGAGCCAACAACGAAGAACGAGCCUGGUCAGACCGGUGCUCCCGACGAGCCCGAGAAGACUACUGCCCCUCCCAAGCCUACCACCACUGAGGAUGGUAUCGUCACUGGUUCUAACGGCGCUGUUGUGACUUAUGUCCCUGAGCAGGACAAGGACUUCUCCGACUUCACUGGUACCACCACUACUACUGAUGAUGGUGGUGCUGCUAUCGUCAUCUUCCCCGGUGGUUGGUUCUGGAAGCCCUCUGGCAAUCUCCCUGCUGGUAUUCUGCCCCCUCCUCCUGGUACUAACCCCGCUGGAGCUGGCGGUGGUACUCCUGGUGGCGGUGGCGAGGGCGAGGGAGAUGGCGAGGAUGACAAGAACGAGACCAAGAAGGAGGAUGAAGAGCAGUCCACCAAGGAAGAGGAGAAGUCUACCGCUGAGCCCUCCACUGCUGAGACGACCGCCAAGACAACUGAGGCUACCACUACUACCGAGGCUUGCUCCGCCGUUGAGAUCGAGGACUGCACCAGAACCAUCUCGUACUACACCACCGAUGGAACCGUCACUCACACCGAGUUUGGUGACUGCCCUACCGUCGCCAGCUGCGCAACUGGUACCCAAGCCACUUCUACCGAGACUGUGUCUGCCGAGGCCGAGGAAGGUGAGGAGCUCGACAUCGAAGAGCUGGAGAGCGAUAUUCCCGAUGACUUUGACUCUGAGCCUGAUGAGGAGACCGUCGAGGCUCUUGAGGAUGCUUUAGAUGAGGGACUUGGUGUUGAUGCGACUACCACCGAGGAGCCUACUGCUUCGUCUACUGGUACUGAGACCACUGGCGAGGCUACUUCCACUGAAGCUGAGACUACCAGUGACAAGACUGAGGAGACUACUUCUUCAGAAGCUACCACUGAGCGAACCACUACCAUCCCCAGCACUCUCAUCACGACUACCCGCAACACCGAAUCCUCCAACGAGUCUUCUGGUACAACUUCCGAUGGUACUACAACCCAGCUCAGCUCUUCUGAUAUGAUCACCUCCACCACUGCCACAACCACCAUGCGCACUUACUACCCCUGCAUUCCCCACGGUGGCCCUCGUGUUGAAACCCCCUACUGUAACUGUGAGACAACCAGCGAGGGUAAACAAUACGUCGUCACAGCGCCCAUGAUCUCAGGCCAAUGCGCAGACUACACCGAGUUCCCUAUGAGCAUGUACACCACCCCCCCUCCUGCCCCCGAGCCCACUGUCUUCAAGGAGCCCUUCACCCGCACCGACGCCGGUACUGUUCUCGUUUACGAGUCCUACUCCCUCAGCUACUUCGCCGUCAACACCAUCAAGGUCACCGCCACCGUGGGUCUCGGCGAAGCAUCCACAGUAUCAACUCCUCUGCCUACCGCCACGAACUGGAACGGCGAUGGAUCGAGUAUCUGCAGCAGCGGUGACAAGAACGUUCGCAACGCUGUUGCUGGUGCUUGCGAGGCUGCGCUGAACAAGUUUGAGGAUGACACUUUGUACACCGACUAUGUUUCUCGAUAUGAGCGCAUGGGAAGUAUUCUCAAGGUACUCACUUUUGGAAAGGCGGGUUGCACGGUUCAGUUCUCUUGUGAUGACUAUGGCAUUGGAAUGAAGGGCAAGGACAUUAAGGAUCUGCGCCGACAGCAAGAGGGCUUGACACGUUGUGGUAACAUUGACCUGUCCAACUCGUGCAAGAUUCACAUUGACUACUGUACAGAGUGUCACCAUGAUGGUUAGAGAAGAUAGCUAG